AUGUCCCUGUGGUGUUUGCUGUUGCUCAUUGCCCUCACCCAUCCGACCUCAAGCACCAGUCCUGGAGUGAAAGUCAAACUGACAGAUAAUGGCAUUGAAUAUGGCAGGCAACUCGGGAUGGCGUCCAUCCAGCAGAAACUCAAAAGUAUAACAAUACCAGAUAUAUCUGGAAAACAAAGACUGUCUGUCAUCGGCAAGGUUGAGUACAGAUUCUCAAAUAUGCAAACAGUGGCUGUGGGAUUACCUUCCUCUGCCGUGGAUCUAAUACCUGGGACUGGUGUCAGACUGUCUAUAAGUAACGCCUUCAUCAGUAUGAAGGGUAACUGGAGGGUCAAGUACCGCAGAAUAUUGAAGGACAGUGGUUCCUUUGAUUUAAGUGUGAAUCAACUGUCCAUCAGGACAGGUGUUGCUGUCAAAAGUGAUGAAACAGGGCGACCUCAAGUCAAUAAUGUUGAUUGUGCAGCUACUGUUGGCAGCGUGAGCAUCAAAUUCCAUGGUGGAGCCAGCUGGCUGUACAAUCUUUUCACAAACAUCAUUAACAAGUCAUUGCGCAAUGCGCUCCAAAAGAAGAUCUGCCCCCUGGUGGCUGAUGCCGUGUCUGAUCUGAACCCUCAGUUGAAAACGCUCAAUGUCUUAGCCCAAGUGGACAAGUAUGCCGAGAUUGAAUAUUCAUUGGUCUCUGCACCUGAAAUCUUCAACUCCUCCAUAGGUUUGAGCUUGAAGGGAGAAUUCUACAACAUCGAGAAGCAUCAGGAAACUCCUUUCCCCGCAGCGGUGUUCUCUUUGCCGCCUCAGAACAAUAAAAUGCUGUACAUUGGUGUGUCUACCUUCACUGCCAACUCUGCAGCUUUUGUCUACAACACAGCUGGAGCCCUGAGCUUGUACAUUACUGAUGAUAUGAUCCCUCAAAGCUCUCCAAUCAGGCUGAACACCAGAACAUUUGGAGUUUUCAUCCCCCAGAUUGCCAAAUCUUUCCCGGGUUUAUUGAUGAAACUGCUGGUAAAAACGGUGAAAAAUCCCAUCAUCACUUUGGAGCCAAGCAACGCGACUAUUCAAGCCACCAGCACAGUGACGGCUUAUGCGAUCCAACCCAAUGCAACUCUCUCUCCUUUAUUUGUCCUGAACUUGGAGACCAGUGUCAGUGCCCGAGUGUUUGUCAGUGGCAUGAGGCUAGCUGGAGCUGUCAUCCUGAACAAAAUGGAUCUGACCUUGGGGACAAGUUAUGUGGGAGACUUUCGGGUCAGAUCACUUGACAACAUCCUGAGCAUGGUCCUAAAAGUGGUUGUUAUACCUAAACUAAAUGUUCAACUUGCAAAGGGAUACCCUCUACCUGCCAUUGGGAAGAUGAAGCUUGUUAACACUGAUCUUCAGAUCCUUAAGGACUACAUGCUGAUUGGGACAGAUGUUCAGUUUGCAGGAUGA